CAUCAGACGAAAGCAUGAAACAACAAUUCACUCGUUCGCCACAAAUCCGUUCGCGAUCGAAUCGUCGAGAUCGGCGUAUUUUUUUGCACGAUUAUUAUUAACAAUAUUAUUUAUACUUCUGGAAGCAUGUUUAUUGCUUGAUAGCGUGUACUCACUACUUACCGACGUCACAUACUCACGGUUGUGUAACACAUUCUGUCAGAAAUAUGGUGCUCCUCGAAAAGAAUAAAUUUUUGGAAGAGCUAAACAUUUUGUUUAAUACAUCUCAGUCAUCUGGAUCAGUGAGAAUAACAAUGAAAUUAUUGCUACUGAAUAAAAAAGACCCAAAGGAACAAAAACUUAAAAUUGAAGUACCCAAGGAAAAAGUAUGUUUAAUCAGGGCUACAUUCAAAAACAAAAAAUUGAGCACCAGAAUAACUGCCGAUGAAGUGAGUUCAUUUCAAGAAGAGUAUUGUGCAUUGUUGAAAAAUUCGUUAAGUAGUUUGAAAAAAACUAAAAAGUUAAAGAAAAAAGUCAUGUCUUAAAAGUGUACAACAUUGUUUGUAAUGUUUCAACUAUUUUUUCAAACAUAUAAUGUAUUUAUGACUUGUACACAGUUAAUGUAUUUUUUAUUAAAGUAAGAUUUUACAAUAUA